CGACCAAAGGGGAGAAGGCAAACGUUAGAGCAACCCCCAAACCCUAGCUAGGAUCUGUCUCCUCGUCCCAUUCCCCCCACUUCUUCCGAUCUAACGCGGGCGGGCUCGACAGUGCCGGAGACCAGACGCGGUUUCGCAUUCGAUCCGCCCUCCUGUUAGGGUUUAUUUUGCUUUCUACUGGUGAUGAUUUUGUUUGUUCGGGUCCCGUAAUCGAACUUGCUCCGGAAAUUUUCUCCUCUUUCUUGUUCUUAGUAGCUCAAUUGGGCGAGUUCGUUGUGUUUAAGACUCAAGGUGGAAUCUUGUGGCCUUUCCGGUGCUCGAGUUUGCAGAUAUUUCUAGGGUUUCUACUGAUCCGAAGUGUUGGUGGGGGUUUCUCGGUGGGAUAGACGGAAGGGGUGGGAUGAAUAGUGUUUUCCAUGAGCAGAUACUGGCGGAUAAGCUUUCGAAGCUCAACAGCACUCAGCAAUGUAUCGAGACUUUGUCGCAUUGGUGUAUUUUUCACCGAAAGCAUGCAGAACAGGUUAUCCAAACUUGGGAUAAGCAAUUCCAUGGUUCACAAAAGGAACAGAAGGUUCCUUUUCUAUAUCUUGCCAAUGAUAUCUUACAGAACAGCAAGCGUACUGGAACUGAAUUUGUCAGUGAAUUUUGGAAGGUUCUUCCAGCAGCACUUAAGGAUGUUCUUGAGAACGGUGAUGAACAUGGGAAGAAUGUUGUCUCCCGACUGGUUGAUAUAUGGGAGCAAAGAAGAGUGUUCGGGUCACGUGCACGCGGCCUGAAAGAAUUGAUGCUUGGAAGUGAACCUCCACCUACCUUGGAAUUGAACAAAAAACGCUCACGUAGUUCUGUCAAAAUCAUAAGGAGAGACUCACGAUCUGUAAAGAUAAAAUUAUCUGUAGGAGGGACAGCCGAAAAAAUUGUAACUGCGCUGCACAAUGUACUCAGUGAACACUCCAGUGAGGAGUUGGACUUGAACAAAUGCAAGGCUGCUGUCAGGCAUGUUGGAAAAUUGGAAAAGGAUAUCGAAAGUGCCUGUAAUCAUGAGGGAGAUCCUCGCAGGGAGUCAUUGGCAAAUGAGUUACAGGUGGAAGAGGCAACAUUGAACGAAUGUGUUGAGAAGCUUAAGCUAAUUGAAGCAAAUCGUGCAGCCCUUGUGACUCACUUAAAAGAAGCACUAUCGGAACAGGAAUCUGACUUGGAGAAUGUUCGCACACAGCUACAGCUAGCCCAAGCCAUGGUUGACGAGGCUGCCAACAUGCAGAGGAGGCUUAACAAUGAGCCAGUUGUGAUGACGACCAAACCACCAUCCACAACGGAACCACGAAAGCCAGUUUUGAAUAGUCCACCAGACAAAGAUCCAAAGAAGACUGCUGCUGCAAUUGCUGCGGAGGUCGCCGAUAAGCUUGCAGCUUCAACUCAUUCCCAGCAAAUCAUGACCUCGGUUCUUUCCACCUUUGCUGCAGAGGAGGCCAAGAAUGCAGGUCUGGCUGCAUCAACGACUACUACAUCUAAUUCCUUUUCUGCAGCCCCACCAGAUAGGAGGAUAAAAGCCGAGAAGCCCUUGCCAAUUUCCGAUACCACUGCCACUGCCUUCAUACCUGUUCAACCGAUUGUUGUUCCAACGCCGCAUCAGGCUCAAGCAGUUUUGUUGCAGCAGAAUCCUGUACAAAGCCAAGCUUCGGCACCACAGACACAGUACAGUAUGUACCCAGUUUCAACACAACAGUACCUGCAACACCCUGGAGGUGUCAUGAUUGGACUACCCUAUACCUACAGUGCCCUACCUCCACCACCACCACCUCAACCUCAGAUGAUAAAUAUGGGAAGGCCAUCACCUUCAGCUCAGCAGCAACAGCCGAUGGCUUUGAUUCAACAGCCACCACCUCCACCACCACUGACCAUGAACCAGCCAAUGCAGAUAACUCAACAGCCACCCAAGUUUGCACUUCAACAGCCAGCACCCCCUAGUUAUAGGCCCCUGCAACAGCCUGGCAUAACAUUUUACCAUGCUCAAACACAAUAACCCGAGCCCAAAUUCUAUUUGUGAUGUACACACUUCCUAAUUACCACAGCUAAUUUAUUGUACUGUUUCUUGUGGAAUGAUUUUGCUAGAUGAGCUUAAUGUAGAGGUGGGAUCUUUUCCUGUGUCA